AUGGUGGGUGUGUGGUGCCUGGUGACCUGGAUGAACCUGGGGCGCCCCUCAAAGCUGCGCCUGGUGGAGCUGGGGCCUGGCCGCGGGACGCUCAUGUCUGACCUGCUGAGGGGCGCGGGAAGCUUCCCGGAAUUCGCACAGGCGCUCGAAGUCGAACUGGUGGAGAUCAGCCCCGCCCUCAGGCGGGCGCAGUGGGUGGCGCUCCGGUGCACAGGCGGCGAGCAGCGCAGCGGCGUCGGCAGCGGCGGCGGCGAAACGGGCGUGGGAGAGGGCGGGGGUGGUGGGCAGGAUGCGGUGGAGGGCACGAGCAGCGUCAGCGGUGGGGGCGUGCGCGUGCGGUGGCGCGCCACCCUGGACGAGGUGCCGCAGGAGGGGCCGCCGACUGUGUACCUGGCUCACGAGUUCUUUGACGCGCUGCCGGUCCACCAGUUCGUGCGGGACAAGGGCGGCAGGAACUGGCUGGAGAAGAUGGUGGACGUGGCCGAGCCCUCGGACCCCGGCCCCCACCACCUGCGCUUCGUGCUGUCGCCCGGGCAGACGCCCGCGGCGGCGCUGCUGGUGCCGCGGCGGCUGGCGGCGCUCGUGGACGAGGAGCGGCGGGGCGUCCAGGCGCUCGAGGUGAGCGCCCACGGCAUGGCCACCGCCGAGCGCCUCGCGCUGCGCGUGGGCGCACACGGCGGCGCCGCGCUCGUCAUCGACUACGGCCGCGGCUCGCCGCCGUACACAGACUCCCUGAUCGCGAUCCGGCAGCACAAGGGCGUGCACGCGCUGAGCCGGCCGGGCACGGCGGACCUGAGCGCGUGGGUCGACUUUGGCGCGCUGCGGCUGGCGGCCGAGGGCAGCGGCGCGGCGGUCGAGGUCCACGGCCCGGUCAGCCAGGCGCAGCUGCUGCUGUCCCUGGGCAUCCAGGCGCGCGCGCAGACGCUGGCCGACGUAGCGACUUCAGAGGGCCAGGCCCAGGCUCUGGCGGCCGCGUUCCACCGGCUGGUGGGGCAGGACGAGGGGGGCAUGGGGCGGUCGUACCAGGCCAUGGCGAUCGUGCAGGGCGGCCUGCCGGCGCCCGUGGGGCUGUACAAGCGCGGCACGCUUCGGCUGCUGCAGGACCAGGCCAAUGCGACCAACCCCACCGCGGCUGCCCCAAACGCGACCGCUGCCGCCCCCAACGCCACUGCGGCUGCACCGAACGCCACUGCGGGCGCGCCCCACAGCGACGGCGAUGCUGACGAGGCCGGCGGCACCCGCAAGUAG